AUGUCGACUGUUAUUCCGGGUCCACUACCCAAAAAGAGUGUUCUCUCUUGAUGAAAGUUGAUUUUUUGUGAGCUAAAACUUUGUUUGUUUUGAUUCAUAUUCGAGCGAGCGGCUUUAAAUUUAUCGAACGUUAUCUCGCGCGCACACAAAAUGGCUGUUGAUCCAGGAGAUGCUAAAUUUGUAAGUAAAUUGGACGAGGCCGGGAAGAAGAAGGCAAAAGAUGAAUUACACGAAUUAAAUGACAAAGACAGAGAGAGUGCUGUACAGGCACUGAGGAAAUGGGUACUGGAACAGGACUGGCUCAAGUCUCCAACUGAUUUCCAGUUUCUACUACGGUUUAUAAGGGUGAGAAAGUACAGUCAAUUGGGGGCUAGAGAGACACUGGAAAAUUAUUGGACAAACAGGACAAAGAUAAUGGAAUGGUUCAAAAAUGUAGACCCAGCAGAUGAUAAAAUAAAGAAAGUCUUAAGAACUGGGAUGAUAUAUUGCCCUAAAGGGUACGACAAACAUGGGCGUCGAGUUAUAUUCAGCUCAAUGGAGGGAUUCGACUUUAGUCUGAUGAAAUCGAAAGAAGGACAGGAUCUUCUGUAUAAAACAUGUUGCUUGGUCUGUGACUGGCUGGCGUGUGAUGAAAACGCACAGGUUAAUGGUGUGGUUUUCGUGUCAGACUUUUCCGGCGUCUCAAUCGAUUUCCUUAAACUCUGGAGUCCAGAAUACGAAAAGAAGAUGUUGGGAUACUUUCAGAAAUCCCUUCCGAUGAGAUUCAAAGCGUUUCACAUGUACAAGGAGCCGGCUUUUUUUGAUGCUAUGUAUACUCUCUUAGCACCUUUCAUGCGACAGAAAUUCAAAGACAGGAUGCAUCUGCACGGGAAAAGUUUGGUGAAAAUAUAUGAGGAAGUUGGUAUGGAGAUUUUUCCAGAUGAGUAUCUGCCGGAUGAUUAUAAAGGCCCAUCGGCCGGCCCAAUGAAAGAUAUUAUAGAACAAAUGAUAGAGGACAUGGUGAAACCAGACUUCAGAGAACAUAUCACUGAGAUAUCAAGCGAGAAAUACAAAGUGGAUUUGAAGAAGAGGAAACCGACUGACAAUCCACCGGAAGCUUCUUUCAGAAAACUGAAUGUGGACUAAUUGUAUGUCCUGUGUGCUUAUUUCGUUAAGUUUUAGUUCUGCCAGAGAACUUUAUAUAUACUUUUAAUGGAUAGGAGGCAAAACAGUUUGCAAUGACAUGGCAUUCCUCUGAUGUGUUUUAGCGUAUUUUCGAGGGAUAUUCUUUGAUAAAUUGUUGUUGUUUUUUUCAACACAAGUUAAUAUUGUGUCUCAAAUUACACUUCUGGCCACGCUGACUUGAAUAUAUAAACUUUGAUAGGGUUUAAGGUUACUAUAUCUUUCUAUGAAUAACUCAAACUUCGUCUAAUCAGCUCAUCUUUUUCAUACCCGGACUCAUGAGUAUAAUGAUAACAAUACACAUGAGAACGUCUUGAGCUUAGUUUGAUGGCAAUAUUUGAAUGUGCUGUCGUUAUGAACAAAAAAGAAACAAAAAAUGUGAUUUAAAUUUGUUAAUUACCUCCUCUGUCAUUGCACUAUAUGCUUCAAUGUUGUUUUUCGGUGCAUAUUAAUUUGGUGUUAACAGAAAUUUGAACGACUUUUCUCAUUUUCUUACUUUAUUUUGACAAAUCAUUAGUUGCAAUAGUUAUAUGACGAGGGCAAACAUGUAUAUAUCGAAAAUAAAAACAAUGAUAUAUUUCAA